AUGACUGUGGCAGCAGAGCUUCCCAUGGAGAUUAUCAACAACAUCAUGGAGAUUGCAAUUGAUACUCUGGAUCCUCAAUCAGUGUCAUCGAUAACACUGUUAUCACACCAGUUCCGCGUCAUGGUCAACAAAGAGCGCUUUUUUCAUCUUAAUUUCGACAGUGACACCAGUUGGAACGAGUUACAUGGAUUGGCAACUCUUUUCGAGCAAGCAGCUGGAAUCGCGAUACGAGGAAUACAAACUUUCAUCGCCUCAAUUUACAUCCGCAUUGAGGACGACUGUGAUUACGACGAGAUACAGCCCCAUAUCACAAUCUUCAAACAUCUAUUCAGGCAUGAUGCUAUACUGCACACACCUAUUCGAAAGCUGUCACUUUACAUAACCAACGUUGCAGGAUUGUUAUCCGUGGACCCUGCACUGGACUAUUCUCUCAGAUCGCUGCUCAGCGAGUCCCACGUUAACUUCCUAGAACUGUGUCAAUCAUGGGAAAUACCCUAUGACCUCUUACACAGGUCAAAAAUCGAACACCUGUCCCUUCUAUGCGUGGGAGGACUGUCCAAACAUUUCGUCACCCGAAAUUUGAAUCCAGUAAAUCUCAAGUCGCUGACUAUCUCCUUGUAUGAUGGGUCUCAGUUUAAAAUAACCGAUCUGAUGACACUGCUUGGAGCGCUCGAAUCCAGCUGUUUUUCGUAUAUGACUUCUCUGACCAUAUCAACCUCAUUUGUCCACUUUGCGAGAAAAUUGCUGGAGCUAACACAGUGCCUGGAGACACUGACAAUAAAGUGUGCAGAGGAGCUGUACCAAAAUAUCAGACUCUUGGAUGUCGUGGACCACCACCUACACGGCCCAGACUAUGGCCUUGUGGAAUCAGGUGCGCUGCUCCAGGAGGCAGUUGCCUGGGACGAACGUCUUUCUUCGCUGGUCCGCGGGAAAGCAAAGCAUCCUGUUGUACAUAUCAAUAUCCACAUACAUCGUCGCUUCAUGGAAACACAGUACCACUCGCCCAUCUGGAAAGACUGUUGGAGGCAGCAUUUCUUGAAUGCCUUUUCGACAUGUCGAACUUCUAUGAAACACUUCUUUCUCUCCAUCGAUACAACGUCGAAAGCGUAUGAUUAG